AUUCCUCAUUUUUGUCCACCAAAAAAACAAUGGAACCCAACUCAAGCUUCUUCUUCUUCUUCUUUUUCUUCCUUUUACCUCUAGGCCAUUGCUUCGCCCUCCAAGUCAAUCUGACCGCUGGCAACGAACUGAUAGAAAAGGUCUGUCAGCACUCUCCCCAUAGUGAUAUCUGUAUGGCCAGCCUUCGGACAGACCCGAACAGUGGCCAGGCGGACAUGGAAGGCCUCGCCUUGAUUGCACUCAAGGUUGCCCAUGCAAAUGCGACAGACACAUCACAACAUAUAGCCAAAUUGCUGAACAAUUCCACUUUGGACCCCUUCAUUGAGCAGUGCCUCACAGACUGCUCGGAGCAGUAUUUGGAUGCUGUGGAGCAGAUAGAGGACUCGCUUGUUGCCCUCACAGCCAAAGGGUUCCAUGAUGUUGACGCUUGGGUGAAGGCAGCAAUAGCUGAUGUGGACACAUGCGAACAGGGGUUCAAGGAGAAGCCUGACUAUGAGUCGAUGCUGACCCAUAGGAACAUCAUCUUUAAGCAGUUAUGCAACAAUGCCUUGGCAAUCAUUCAUGACUUGCAGUGACCCUGACGUCUGAAUCUUGUUUUCUAUUGUUUUUGGUCUCAUCUUUUGAUCUCAAUUACUAUGAUGAGAUCAUACAUGAUGCGCCUUGAGUGGUUGCGAAUUAAUGUUGUUGUUGUGAUUAUCAUAAUAGUGAACAAUUCAAUGCUGUUGUCCAA